CGUCACCGUCCAACCGCUUUGAAUUCUCUACAAAAACAUCAGCCUUCUCAUUGUUGAUUUGUUGCGGCGUUCUUGUUUCUCAAUUUCUCCAUCGCCUGUUUCUGCCACGUCCUACUCUACUGAUGUACUGUACUCGCUCGCCCUCGAUCAACCCGACAGUUGCAAGCGCACGCAUCCAACUUGGCUUUGCCUGAGAACCCCUCCAAGUUCACCGAUACCUACCAAAGGAAAACACACGACCAUGGAUCCAAGCGAUGAGUCCCGGUUAGGGACAUUUCAGAAACAUAUCGAGGACAUGCGCAAUCUCUCUCUAUGCAAGAUCUGCAUCAAACCCUUCUAUGAACCGUUCAUCCUUGCCUGUGGCCACACAUACUGCUACUCAUGCCUGGCGAGCUGGUUUGGUGGAGGACAUGGCCGGAAAAGAAAUAAGAAUUGUCCGGAUUGCAGAGCUGCUGUGACUGUGCAACCUUCUCCAAACUACCUGUUACGCGACCUCUCACACAUGUUUGUCGGUCGAGCAGAACUCUUGCCUGAAGAUGAAACCCUGGAAGAACACCAAACCGGCAAGAGGGAGGAGGCUGAUCUACUUGCCGCCGAUCGUGCUGGACCUGGACUGUUUAAGGGAGCCUUCGCAGUCAAGUCUCGUGUUCUUCGGCUGGGCGGUGGCAUCCUUGAUGCCGAAGACAAUGUUGUUCGUUGCCCGGAAUGUCACUGGGAACUUGAGGAAGGCCACUGUGGCCAGUGUGGAUUUCGCGAAUUCGAGGCAGACCAGAGCGAAUCCGAUUCUGACCUGGAUUCGGAAGAUAUGGAUAGCCUUCACUCUGGCGCCACCGACUACGGUGAAGAUGGCAAUCCCAUUGACCACGAGUUCAUUCGUACGAUGAAUGCUGGGUUUUACUAUGAUUCCGAUACAGACAGAAGCGACGACUACGACCACGACGAGGAUGACAUGCAUGACUUCAUCAAUGAUCACGGUUCGGGUGAAGAAGAGGACCCUGGUAAUGACAGUGACGACUCAGUGACCCGUAUUCACUACUUGAGGCACAAUGCUGCCGUAAGAAGACAGCGAGCACUUGAUUUCUCAAUGCCAUUGCCUUACGCCAGUCGAAAUCAAGGCGAGAGGUCUGCGGCUCGGUUUUCUUCACCAGAACGUUAUGAUAACCAGUCCGAUGUCAACACCAAUUACGACGAGGAUUCAGCCUCAGAAGAGGAAGACGAUGUUCCUGCGCCUCCCCCAAAGCGUCGCCGGUUGCAACGUAUCGUCAUUACCGAUGAUGAGGAUGAGGGUGAGGACGACGGAGCCGAGAAUGAAUCGCUCACUCGCUCAGAACAAUCUUCUAGCCCCGAAGAGGAUGAGGUUACCGAUGCCUCAUCGCGAGCCGGAAAUACGUCAGCGUCGCAGUCAGGCGAUGAAAGCGUGUCGACUGACUCAGGAAACGAAGAGCAUGAUACAGAAGGAGACAACUCUGAAUCCGAAGAGUCGGACGACACCGCAAUUCGGCCAGCUCAAUCCGCGGCGAGACGUAGGGCAUUUCAGCAAAGUCAGCGACAGGGAAGAGUAGUGGGAAGAUGGGGCCGAACCAAUGGGCACUACAACCAUAGACCACUGCCGAGAGGUACACGAGUCAACUAACAUUGUUGGGUGCUCAUCGAAGUAGUAGCGUCAGGAUUGAGAUAUCUCAAUCAGUAUCCUGAUGCUACCAGGGCUUCAUGUUAGUCCUUGGUGGAGCCUCAGUUGGAAUAGCAAGGCGCUUCGCCAAGGUGUUUACGGGGGCUAUCGGGCAAAGACUCAAAAGAUCUCAUCGGUGCCGGUAGCGGUAGACCAAGAUAGCGAAGAUACCCAUUGACUUGAAAAGGGUCAGAAUAAACCAAAGAUUGAUGAACCA